GGAGGACCGCGAGGACCGGAGACAGAGAAAGAGACCGGACCGGACCGGACCGGACUGGACCAGGACUCCGUCUGUUGUGAAGAGGUCAGAGGUCAUGUGUCCUCAGAAUGAGCGCCGUCCGUAAACGUCUCAGACUCAGCAGCCCGUCCAGACGGCAGGCCGCCGCCGCCCGCAGGCCGCCGCCACGCCCCCAGGAUGCUGCCGCAGGGGGCGGGGCUACCGCAGGGGGCGGGGCUACAGAGGAGGAGGAGGAGGAGUUCCUGCUGGUGGAGGAAGACACGACGGACUCCAGCCUCAUCAUCACCAUGGAUGACAGUCAGCUGAAGGCGGCGAGGAGGAGAGCUCCACGGAAGAGGAGGAGCAGGAAGGAGGAGGAGGAGGAGGAGAGGGGCGGGGCCUCAGAGAGUGAGGAGGGGGAGGGGGGGCUGCAGAUUGACAGGCAGCUGGACCAAUCACUGGAGACCAAGUCCAAGCAGCACAACCUGACCACGGUCAACGUCCGCAACAUCAUCCACGAAGUGAUCACUAACGAACACGUGGUGGCCAUGAUGAAAGCCGCCAUCAACGAGACGGAGGCGGUCCCUCCGUUUGAGCCGAAAAUGACUCGAUCCAAGUUGAAAGAGGUCGUAGAGAAAGGAGGGGUGAUUCCAGCCUGGAAUAUUUCUCCGAUCAAGAAGACGAGUGACGUCAGGAAGGCUCCUCAGUUUGUGGACAUCCCUUUGGCUGAUGAAGACUCCUCUGAUGAAGAGUACCGCCCAGAUGAGGAAGAGGAGGAUGAGACCGCUGAAGAUACGUUCCAGGAGAGUGACCUGGAGAGCAGCGCCUCGUCUCCUCGAGGCCGUCUGAGGGUGGAGGAGGACAGCUGCAGCCCCUGGCAGACAUCCCGGAGCCGCUCCAGGCGUUUGGGGGCGAGAUCUGUCUCUAUGGGACCGCCCCCUCCCCCCAAAGCCCCGCCCCCAAAAGCAGUGACUGACAGCACCUUCCUGGAGAAACUCCACGCCGUGGAGGAGGAGCUCGCCGUGUGCAUGGAGCCCUUUCAGCCUCUGUCCGAGUCGGAGGACGAGACGGGUCUGAUGGCGUACCGGACGCGGUCCAAGCGUCCUCUACGGGACGUCCCGCUGGGCCGGCUGGAGGCGGAGCUCCGAGCUCCUGACAUCACUCCUGACAUGUAUGACUCAAGCUCCGCCCACGAGGACAGGGACUGGACUGAUUGGCUGAGAGGCCUGAUGACAUCAGAGAUGGACAACGAAGAGGAGUGUGAUGAUGAAGAUGACCCGGAGUAUAACUUCCUGGCUGACAUCGAUGAACCUGAUGUUGAGGAUUACCGUGACGACAAGGCUGUCCGCAUCACCAAGAAGGAGGUGAACGAGCUGAUGGAGGAGCUGUUUGAGACGCUGAAGGAGGACCUGGCGGGACAGGAAGUGGAAGAUGAAGGUCAUGAGGAAGAGGAGGAGCCUGUUCAAACACACACACCUCCAGAGCCACACCACAGCGGCGCGGCCGAUGACGAGCCGGAGGACCGACCAAUCAGAGAGCUGCGUACAGUGAAGCAGCAGCUGGAGCUGAUCAGGAGACGACACACACACACACCGACCAACACACACACACUGACUAACACACACACUCUGACCAACACACACACACACACACUGACCAACACACACACACACAGCGCCGAGCCACACACACUGAGGCUGAACACACAACAGAGGACCCGCCUGAGACAACAGCUGGAGCAGCACGUCCAGCUGCUGACUCAGAUCCACCUGCUGAGUUCACAUGUGGUCAAACUGCAGAGUGAGGCGGAGACCACCAAGCAGUUCCUGUUCGAGCUGGACCUGCUGGCUCAGAGCGGCGAGCUGAUGAUGUCAUCAGGGCGUCCUGGCUUCAGCAGCGUGUUCAGAGCGUCCAACCUGCGGGGGGCGCUGCAGCUGCUGGAGGAGCUGCAGAGGGACCCCCUCAACCUCCAGACCAGGCUCCGCCCACGGGACGCCCGCGGCCACAUGCGCUGUCACCCCGUCCUUCCUGCUGAGCUCUCGUGGAUCUUCUCCACUCGUCCGGUCUUCCUCUACCCGGAGCUGCUGCCGUGUGCCAGUCUGGACCCAGACCUGUACUGCCCCCGCAGGACGGCAGCCUUCACUGCAGCCGAGGACUGUCUACUGGUCCUGGGUCUGAGGAACAUGGAGGGUUCCAGUGAUCCCACUAAGCUGGUGUCCCAGUUUGUGCUGAGGAAGACUCUGGUCCAGGUCCGCCGCCGCAUCCUGCAGUGCUGCCGGCCGGGCGUCCCUGACAACAUCGUCAAGGCCUUCAGGUACCAGCGCCUGCUGAGACCGAUGAUGGUCACCUGUAGACCGCUACACCCUCCAGAGCCCCGCCCCCCCCUGGAGAGAGACGAGACCACCAUGCCCCCCUGGCUGCAGAGGAGUCUUCCUGUCAUCUACUCGUCCAUCAGAGAAUAUAACCGCCUGCCUGGCUCCGCCCCCGAGGCCCCGCCCCCCCACAGGUCAGGUGGUUCUGUGCUUGGCUCCGCCCCCGAGGCCCCGCCCCCCCACAGGUCAGGUGGUUCUGUGCUUGGCUCCGCCCCCGAGGCCCCGCCCCCCCACAGGUCAGGUGGUUCUGUGCUUGGCUCCGCCCCCUGUAAGGCGUACAGCUUCCCGGCGGGGGGGCGGUACCCGCCGCGGCUCCCCGCCGGCCUCGCCUUCAGACGCCUCGGCUUCGUGGCGCUGCAGCAGCCCCGCCCUCCUCCUCCUGGCUCCGCCCCCCUGCCCAGCCCACAGUCUGGCUCCGCCCCUCUCCUGCGGCGCCUCCUCCUCACCCGGACCGACUCCCCCGCUGACAUCACCACCUCCUCCUCCGUCUCCACGACGACCCGGGAGCGAAUCAGACGCCACUAUCAGAGCCUCGCCGGCCUGAGGAGGAGGGGCCGUGACCAAGGCCCCGCCCCCUCUCCGGGGGAGGGUGAUGAUGUCAUCAGGACCAAUGAGGAGGAGGAGGUGGAGGAGGAGAGCGAGGUCGUCCUGGCGCUCUCAGAGUCUGACCCCGAGGAGGCGGAGCCAGAACAGGAAGUGACGCUGACGCCAUCCAGAGCAGAAGAAGAAGAAGACGGGUCGUCCUCGGAGGAUGGCGAGGACGCGGCGUUCGCCGAGGACUACCUGCUCAGAGUGUGUGACGGCGUGGCGGCGAGCGCCGGCGUUCCCGAGCAGCUGCUGCAGGUGCUGGAUCAGACCGCGGCGUUGGGGGCGGAGCUUCUGUACGACGGUCUGAGCGGCGUGCUGCGGCCGUGGCCUCAGCUGCUCCGAGACUUCGCCGCAUUCCUGAACCGACGCCAGGCUGAACGCUGUGGACUGCUGGAGGAGCAGCAGCUGUUUGAGCGCAGUCGGAGGUUCCUGCGGCGCCUGGGGCGGAGCCUGGGAUUAGGCUCCGCCCCCUACCAGCAGGUGGUGUCCGUGCUGCAGGGAAGCUCCGCCCCCUCGCCCCAGGACCAGGACAGGAUCUCGUCUCUGCUGCGUUGCCACGGCGACCUGCACAGGGAAUUCUGGGAGUUUUCCCAGCAGCUUCAUGGCUCCACGGAGACGCACCGCGUUUCCCAGAAUCCUCCUGACGGGGACAGGAAGAGGGCGGAGCUACGGGAGGCGGAGCUACGGGAGGCGGAGCUACGGGGGGCGGAGCCAGAGAGGCCGGUCGGCGCCAAAAACAUCUCCAUGACCUCGAACGGAGAAAAGGUCGUCGUGUGGACACGCGAGGCGGACCGUGCCAUCCUGACGGCGUGCCAGCAGCGAGGAGCCAAUCGGAGGACGUUCCGGCAGGUCUCCGCCCAGCUGGGCAACAAGACCGCCCAGCAGGUGAGCCUCCGGUUCCACGACCUCAUCAACCUGUUCAGACAGUCCACUUCCUGUUCCUCUACGGAUCAGCCAAUCAGCUGAAGGUUCUGAAGGAGCUGAAGGAGCUGAAAGAUCUGAAAGACCUGAAGGAUCUGAAGGUUCUGAAGGAUCUGAAGGUUCUGAAGGAUUUGAAGGUUCUGGAAGAUCUGAAGGUUGUGAAGGAUUUGAAGGAUUUAAAGGUU